AAACGGUGGUCGUGAACGCAUCAUGUCCGCGCAUGUCCGUUGCUCGGAGCAUAAACAAAAACUGCAUGAGCAGCAACAGCAGCAGCAACAACAACACUACUCUGCCAAACAGAAGAGUCACAUUCAGGUAAUCUAAUCCAGGUGUGACGAUGGGGAAGUCUUUUUCCCACCUCACUAAGAUGGGCCAAGACGAGGGUCAGGAUAGCCUGACGUCUUCACUGGAGGGCACCCAGACCGAUGACGGGAAGGACAGGGACGUCUCCCAGUUUCCUUAUGUGGAGUUCACAGGACGGGACAGCGUCACAUGUCCCACGUGUCAGGGCACCGGGAGGAUCCCCAGAGGACAAGAAAAUCAACUUGUGGCAUUGAUUCCAUACAGCGACCAAAGGCUGCGGCCCAGGAGAACGAAGUUGUAUGUAUUCGCAUCAGUGGCGGUCUGCCUCUUACUGUGCAGCCUAGCUGUCUUCUUCCUCUUCCCACGCUCCAUUGAUGUGUCCUACGUCGGGGUGAAGUCCGUCUUUGUCAACUACGACCAAGAGAAGCGCAGCGUCUAUCUCAACAUUACGAACACUCUCAGUAUCACCAACAACAACUACUACUCGGUGGAGGUGGCCAACAUCACAGCUCAGGUGCAGUUUGCCAAGACGGUGAUCGGUAAAUCUCGCAUCAGUAACAUCACGGCGAUCAGGCCUCUGGACAUGAAGCAGAUUGAUUAUAUGGUACCCACCAUCCUCGCUGAUGAGAUGAACUACAUGUAUGACUACUGCACUCUGCAAACCAUCAAGGUCCACAACAUCGUCGUCCUGAUGCAAGUGACCAUCACCGCAACGUACUUUGGUCAUGCCGAGCAGGUGUCUCAGGAGAUGUACCAGUACGUGGACUGUGGGGGGAACACCACCUCUGCCAGAGGGAUGCCCAAGGCGUUCAGCAUCCCACAUCCUGCUGAGUAACCCCCUCAGUAGCCCUUAAAAGUUAGCUUAAGAUGGUUCACUGUGUUUUCCCUCUUCCUCCACAUCCACCUGCAUUCUCUACCAACGAUACCACGAUGUUUCCUAAGAUUCCAAGAUUAUUAGAUCGUAAUUAUUACUUUUCUUGUCAUAAUUUUAAGAUGUUAGAUCUACGCAUCUACGAGAUCUGUAUCUUAUGAUUACGAGAUUCUUAUAUUGUAAUUGGAAGAAAACUGUUAGUAACAAUUAGGAAAUGGUUCUGUUGUCAUUUUACAUGAUGAUCUCUUUCUUGUAAUUAUGAGAUACAGAUCUUGCAGCCGGUCGCACAAACAGCUUAAAACAUUCAACUGACUCUUCAGUUCUCUUCCUUUUUUCUCCUCUUCUGACUACAAGCGAGUACGUCAACACCUUCUUGAGUUGAUGCUGACGAGGAAUUUUUAUCUUCCAUCACCCUCCGUAAAUGUCGAGCAGCCGCAGCCACGUAUCUCGAGGUGGCAGACUGUUUGCUGAGAGCUUCACGAAAUUAUCAGAUUUUUGUCAAGAUAGCAAACAGUGUUGAUUUUGAUAAAUUUUAUCCCAGCGUCACUGCUUAAAUACUUAAUACACUCAAGUAAUCCUAGAUAUCCAUUUUCUUUUUCAAUCCCUAGUUCGAGGAAUAUAAGUAGCAGAAUAUUUUGCUGCGUUUUGAAGUAUCGUGUCAGAAAAGUUUGGUGGAAGCGGAAAAUUCGAAAAGCAAAAACCUUCUCAAAAGGUUUUGAGGUGUUUUUUUUUCAUAUUCUCGAUAAAGAGCUCAUGCUCUUAAUGGGAGAUGGAAACACUUUUUCAAAUAGGUUGUAGUGAUCAUUCAAGCACAAGACUGAUCAGCUGUUUCCGCUCUGACAUGCUCCUCUGUGCGGCUCUGUAAUACGUCCACGAUCGCUCAAUCAUCUCCACACUGCUGUGCCCUCUUCUUCUGGUUUUCUGACUGGAGAAUUGGCGCCCCCUACUGCUCAUCUUGUAAACCAACACAAAGAUCUAUUUAAAAAAAUGAAUAUAUUUGGAUGGAAACACGGCUAAUUCUUAAUUAUUUAGUUUCACAGAUCAAAAUUUGCAAAUUUUUGCAGUGCUGAAAUGUGCAAAGUUUGACGUGCGGAUAAAACGGUCUGUAAUAUUAUGUGUAGGUGAAACGUAGUACGCCUGCAUAUGCAUCACUACUUCUCAUUUCAAUGAUCGGCUUAUAAAACAAAUCCUUAGCAUCUCAACAUUUGAGUUAAGUAUCGUUUAUAUGAUUUAGUUUGAAUAUUGUGCCGUCAUAAUUUCAGCUAUCGUGGCAACAUUGUAAUUAAUAGAUUGCACUCUUGUGUUUUGUAUGACGGAUUGUUCAUGAUGUGCUCCUAAACAAGGGGAGGGAACAAAACGAAACUUGACAGUGGUAUUCGACUACCGACCAAACCGUAAUGCACUUUAUAAGUCUAUUAAAAUACUUUAUUAGAAGUCCCACGUUCUCAAAAGCCUGUUCCUCCAGCACAGUGUGUCCGGCUCCAUGAAGACGCAACAUGUUGUUCGUAGUGUUUCUCUCUGACUGCACUGUCUGCUAUGAAUGACAAUCUGCUUUCUUUCCUGCUAUAAUAUUUGGUUGUUGGGUUCUCACCAUUAGUAUUAUUAUACGAGUUAGUAUUAGAGUUUAUGCUUUGCUGUUGUUUUUGAAAUGAAGGCAGUUUAAACCUUUCUGUGCUCCUGUGGUCUAACUUGAGGCAUUUCUGGAAAUAUGCUUUUUUUACUUUUUUUACCAAUGUUCAGAGGAGAUGAGAACUUUGUGACGUUUGCUAUUUAAAGACGACUUCAGCUCUCGUUACUGAAGGAAGGAAGACGAAGGAAGAUUUUACAUCAAUGCCACUAGUUCCACUAGUUGGCAACACAGCUGAGAUAAUUCCUUAAUUAGCUGACGAUUUAUCGCAAAAGAGUGGAAAAAGUAUUUGUACUUAAACUAAAACAGCCUCAUCCCUGUCCUAAACUCUUUCACUCUUUAUCUUAGUAAGAUGGCAAAGAAGCAUCUUUCCUUAAAUGCCAGAUUGCAGCUAACAAUAAUCAUCACUUAUUGAUGAAUCUGUCCAUAACUCAAACAUAAUUUGACUUAAAACACGGCUAACAAUUAAAAUGAACCUACGAGUAUUUAGUAUCCAAGUAUCCAUUUUUAUUUAAUUAAUAGAAAUCAGUGCAUUGACUACUUUGCAUUGUCCACGGUCAAAUCAGAUUUCAGAGUAUUUUGUUGUAAAUGAUGCAGACGUGUUGACAGAACGUCAGACCACUGAAGCCUUCAGGCCGAUAAAAUCAUUUUUUAUUAAUUUAUUUAUUAUCAUUAUCAGUAGAAGUAUUAGUUUUUUUUUUUUUUAAAUCAUGUAGUCAUGAAUUUCCAUUUUCUGUCUUGAAUGUGUCAUUAUAUUCGGCCCUUGCUUUCCUGCUGAAGUAUUUCUCUUAAAUUUGGGGGCAUCUUGUAAUUUAAUGGCCAUUUUGACUUCACAUGUUGAUUUGCACAUCAUUCACACUAUAAUCAGCACAGUGAUAUUUUUCCUGUUGUUAAUAAUAAUAAUAAUAAUAAUAAUAAUAGCAAUUGUUAAUUCAUCAUAACAAAUCAUCAGUUUCAUUAAUGUGGAACUGUUUGUCCGACAUAUCACCUGAUUUAUUCCAUUGAUAGAAAAUCAUCUAUUUUUUCAUCUUUGACUGAAAAUCAUCAAAAGCUAUUUUUGAAUUUGGAAAAACAUCCGACACACGUCGAGCUGUGCGAUUUCUGUCGACGUCCCUGUAAAUACUUCAGAAGUUAUGUUUCUAAUAUCUUCAUACAAACUUUGAUAAACUCCAGCUGUAACAUUUGUACCAAGUGAGAGUUAAAGAAAAGCACAUGAUUUUUGUUUGUUUUUAAAUUCUAACAUGCACCCUUGUUAUUAAUUAUGUUAUUGAUUAACAAUCCUUAUGAAGAUUUAACAUGAAAAGCUAUUUUGGACUCCUACCUCUAAUGUCAUUUGAAACACUUUGUUGGUCAUUAGUCAUAGUGACUGUUUGUUGUGGGAGCAUGAAUAAAGUUUUAAAAAGAUUA